CACGUUUGCAAGUUCAUACACCACAGGGCGCACUGCGGCAAGAGGCUGAUCAGCAGUGAACUGUGAAGGCUGAAGAAGGCGUCUGGCUGUGAACGAGCGCUGGUGGAGUACCACCAGUAGGGCUUUGUGGGGUCAGGAAAAGCAACCCUUAAAUGGGCAGAGGAUUUAGUAGUCGCAGGGUUUCAAUGGAGUGAUCAGGGGCGACUUGAAGCAGAAAAGAUGGUGGGCCUUCCAAAGGUUGGAUUGCCCAAGCUGCCCUUUGGCGGGAAGGGGAAGGGCGAGGACGAUGAGUUCCAGUAUCGCAAGUUUGGGGAUGACCCCAAGACCCGGCCGGUCAACGAUGACCUGCUCGGGUACUCGGACUUCCAAACGGACCCGAGAAAGAUGAAGCGGCGCACGCUGUCGCCGUCGGAAAAGGGAGAAUGGAUCGGCGGGCUGCAGGGGGCGGUUGCGGAGCGGCGCGCCUUCCGGCGGCUGCAUGCGCGCAACUGGAAGUUGUGGGACAUCUUCGAUUUGGGGAGGCCGGUGGACGUUGCGUACAUGUCGGGGGGGGAGGCUGUGCAUGAGAAGUACUGGCGGAAAUGGCACCGUGUGUCCAUGGGCUCGCAAUACCGCGAGCGUAUCUACUACAAGGAUCGUGUUGGGCUCACUCGAGGCCCUGCCAGCCACCAGGACCUGAGGUUGGCCUACGCGUCGGGCCUGAUCGACCGUGACACGUUUGUGUGGGCAGGAGAGAUGGACGAGUGGGUGCCGCUCGCGUGCGUGUACGGCCUCGACGGACUAGUCGUCACGCCCAUGUCUGUCGGCACGCGCGCGAUCACGCUCGGCAUCCUGAGCGCGCGCCACUCCGUCAAGAAGAUUGCCAACAAGCAAUGGGGGGCCAUCAAAGUGCCCCCCAUCGCCAACUGGAAGCUGGACCCCUUCGCGGGCGCGGGCCGCGACCGGGAAGAGCCCGUCCAAAAAACGAAGGAGAACAAGGGCCAGUUUGAGGCGGACCAUGAGGCGUACGAGGACGACGUGGCGCGGGCAGGGACGGUGGACUUUCUCGAGAAGCGGGCGUCCGGCCGGAGCGGGCGGCCCGAGAAGCUGGACGCCAUCGACCAGGAUCCGGACCCGGACGCGCGGUCCAAGGCCGAGAUUCGGACGCCCAAAGAACGCGCCAAGGAUUUGGAGCACAAGAUCCUGGCGCCGCGGCUGGCGAAGCAGCUGUCGCCGGACGAGUUCGAUGAGCAGAUGGAGGAGCGCGACAAGAAGGACAAGCUGGAGCACUUCCUCAAGACCGUCACGCGCAAGGACGUCCUCGAGGGCCGCCCGAUGCCGGAGGGUGUGGAUGUGAUCAGCGAUUACAACGAGGUGGCAGUGAUCGACCGGCCGGCGCCGGGCAGCCAGGAGGAGAAGGAGAUCUGGGACGACAUCCAGGCGCGCGACGACGAAGACCGCGUGGUCACGGGGCCCUGGCACGAGGUGUUCGAGCGGGGGCAGGACGAGCGGGACAAGCACGCGGUGCCAGAGGGCAUCCGCCACAAGCCGCGCGACGUGAACGAGCAGUGGCGCUUCAACCUGCCCAAGAUCGACCCGCGCCUGAAGGUGCCCCUUUUGGAGGCGAUCCAGAAACGGGUUAUUAAGGAGGUUAAGGAGGCGUUCGCGCCCGAAGUCGAAACGCCGCCCGAAGAGCAGACGUGCCGCUUCCCUGACUUCCCCUGGACCAACGGCAGCGGGGGGCUGCCCUACGACGGGCUGUUCGAUCUUACGCGCCCCAGGGGCAAGCGCAUGCCCGGCGCGAUCCAGGACGCCGCGCGCCUGGGCGGCAUCGCCGACCGCGACAUGGCGCUCAUGGAGUCGUGGUACAUCAACAUGCUCCACCCGCUGGACGAUCCCGACCUGCACGCGCAGUGGCACGGCCGCUUCAAGCGCAUCAAGGAGGAGCGCUUCAUGGAGAAGAUGCUGGCGGGGCCGUGGCGCGACCCGACGCGCGCGCUGCGCUGGUUCCCCGAGGAGGACUGGGACGACCCGUACAAAGACCACGAGUUUGCCGUCGACCAGCGCAAGGGUGUCGGGCGCUACCCGUACAUCAAGCCGUACGAGUACCAGUCUGCGCCGAUGCCCCUCGAGUUGGACGGAUUCGGGCGCCAGUUCGCCCCGGGGCUUAAGAGCCUGGACGAUCUCCCGCCCGAUGACCCGACCCACGUGCCGUACGAUGGGAAACUGGACAGGUCGCCAAUCGCCGACUGGGAGCGGCCCGAGGGCUUCGGCAUGUUCACAUUCCCCGGUUGGCGCAAGCUGAGCCGCGACAUGUCCCCGCACAAGGUGGAGAACGAGGAGGAGCUGCGCGCGGAGCGUAAGAAGCUAGAGAAGGAGUUCAAGGACCUCGAGAAGAAGGAACUAGAUGUGGUCAACAAGUACGUGGAGGCCAACAAGGCGAUUCGGAGCCAGCCGGGCUUCUGGGAGGAGAAGGCGGACUCCAUGUGGUUCCGGAACGACUCCAUGGACGAGCUGAUGCGGAACAUCAAGUGGCGCUUCAACAAUCGGGAGAAGAUCGACAAGGUGCUGUCGGCGACGAGCAAGCAGAAGAUGGUGGCGGAGCAGGCCAAGCGGCGCGCCAAGAUGGAGGUCCUCAGCAGGGCCAAGGUGUCCGCCGCCAAGAAACUAGAGACGGACCGGCGCGCGCUCGAGAUCGCGGACGAGGACGAGGCCGAGGAGGAUUAGUUGAGAACAGGGCCCAUUUUAGGAAGGAGCGCAGAGUUACUUUGAGAUGCAGAACCAUGCGGGAGUAUGAAGGGGUCUACGACAAGGUACUGCUCACAGUAAGCUCGUUCGAGGCUCAUUUUUGACUUGAGGAGGUGGACACAAUCAGGUAUUGGUCCUUCGAGUGACGGUUGGAAGUGGAAGUUGGUAAUGGACCAUCAAAAAUGUGUCCUCUGCAAUCGUGGAUUCGGGCCUGGCGCUGUUGGUUCAAAGUCAGCAUGCGCAGGUUUAUUCCGAAGUGAAGCCUGUGGCAAGUCAAUUGCAUUUCUGUGCCUUGGCCGGUCAACUGUGGAUCGGUUGAAGCACGAAUGACGAUUAAAGGGCAGGGAGCCGUUGUCUUCAUCGCGGCAACUUGCCAAUUACACGGCACAAAGGCUUGCCGCUCACUUCAGAAAGAAUUGGGUCAGUUCUACG